AGUGCCACUGCUGGCUGCCAUUAUUUGGGCUUACAGUUUCUCUUUACCUGACUGAGCUCUGUUCAGUCGUCAGAGCGAAGUUAACACUGUAAAACAACUAAGCUAGCAUAAAUAAGAUAACAAAUGGAGACAAUAUACAAAGUACUCGGCUUGGAGUGGAUGGACGGCAGGAGUAUUGUGAUAUUUCUGUGUGUUUUUCUGUUGUUGACUGAUGUUUUGAAGAACAGAGUGCCGACUAACUUUCCUCCUGGACCCUGGGCUCUUCCUUUGAUUGGUGACCUUCAUCGCAUCCAACCCGCCAGACUCCACCUGCAGUUCACAGAGUUUGCAGAGAAAUAUGGAAACAUUUUCAGCCUUCGGCUCUUUGGUGGAAGAAUUGUGGUCAUUAAUGGCUACAAGCUUGUGAGAGAGGCCCUGGUCCAAAGAGGAGAAGACUACGUAGAUCGCCCCUCCAUACCACUGUUUGAAGAAAUGUUUGGGAAUAAAGGUCUGGUGGCAUCGAAUGGCAAUCGAUGGAAGCAGCAGAGGAGAUUUGCUCUUCAUACACUCAGAAACUUUGGUGUGGGCAAGAAGACCCUGGAGCCAUCCAUCCAGCAGGAGUGCCAAUAUCUCACUGAGGCUUUUGCCCUUCACCAAGGCAAGCCUUUUAAUGCCCAGUCACUGAUAAACAAUGCUGUGUCCAACAUCAUCUGCUGCCUGGUGUUUGGGGAUCGCUUUGAGUACACUGACAAGCAGUACCAGAGUAUUCUUGAGAACUUCAACGAGGUAGUGCACUUACAGGGCAGUUCGUGGACACAGGUUUAUAACACAUUGCCCUGGCUGAUGAAGUGGCUGCCCGGACCUCACCAGAGGAUAGUCACUCUGACACAAAAGAUAAUUGACUUCAUAGAAAUCAAGAUCAAAGAACACAGAGAAAGCCUUGACCCCUCCUCACCGAGAGACUACAUUGACAGCUUCCUCACAGAGAUGGGAGAGGAGGAGGACAACGAUUCUGGUUUUGAUUUAAAAAAUUUGAGUGUUUGCACUCUGGACCUGUUUGGUGCUGGAACUGAAACUACUGCCACUACUUUACACUGGGGACUGCUAUACAUGAUCUACUACCCUGACAUACAAGAGAGAGUCCAGGCUGAGAUAGAUACUGUCAUUGGUUCAUCCAGACAGCCCUCUGUGACUGACAGAGAAAACUUGCCCUAUACUGAUGCAGUCAUCCAUGAAAUCCAGAGAAUGGGCAACAUCGUCCCACUGAAUGUGGUCCACAUGGCGAACAAGGACACCACGCUCGACAAGUACACAAUCCCAAAGGGCACCAUAAUCCUGCCCACACUGAACUCGGUUCUACAUGAUGAGUCGAUGUGGGAAACUCCACACACCUUCAACCCUCAACAUUUUCUGGAUCAGGACGCCAAAUUUAGGAAGAGAGAGGCCUUCCUUCCUUUUUCAGCAGGUAAGCGUGUGUGUCUCGGGGAGCAGCUGGCCAGGAUGGAGUUAUUCCUCUUCUUUACCUCCCUCCUUCAGAGGUUUUCUUUCUCAGCAUCUGCUAGAGAGCAGCCCAGUCUGGAGUUCACAUUAGGAGCCACUCGGUGUCCCAAACCUUACCGCCUCUGUGCCGUACCACGAUAAACCACCAACUGUCCCAAACUGAACCAUCUGUUUCACAACACAAUGAAUCACUGUGUUUGACUACAUUUAUCUUGUAAUACAUCAAGAAUAUCUGCUAUAUUGUUAUUUUCCUACAGUGUGAGUAAAACAUAAUUUGGAAGUAUUUUUCUUCUUAAUCAAUAGGCCUUUUCUAUAAACCUUUUUAUAUUAUUAAUGUAUUCAAAUAUGCAAUAAAAUCCUGAAACUUUUUUUUUUAAUCACAGAGAACUAUUUUCCUACUUUCCUUUCCACUGCACAUUGGAUUUGUCAGAUUUGCUAAAACCUUCUGUGUGUGUAAAUAAAUGAUGUUGAAAUUUA